GCGCACGCAGAGAUCACUCCGGCUUGUUAUUAACGUUAAUAACGUUAUCUCUCGCGUCACUCAUGUCCCCAACAACGACGGGCUGCUGCUGCUGCUGCUCCUGCUGCUGCGGCGGAGGAGGAGGAGGCGAGAGGAGGACGGGACUGCGGUUCAGGUGCACCGCUGUGAUUGAAAAGACGGUGAAGUUUUAACGCUACGGAGAAGCAGCGAGAAGCCCACAACUGAAGGAUAACGUGAUGGGAUUCCUUCAGGAGCGACCUGCCGCCUAAACCCUCACUAAAAGGUUGUCUUGCCAAAAGAAUAAGCAGCUUGCUUAAGAAAAACAUCAGGAUGGACACUAAAGCAGUGAUGGUUUCCAGAUUGUUUAUGCCCGCUCUGAGAACUUACUAACUUUUCAAACACAUACUUUGCAUAGUUAACAGAGUUAUUACACAACUGUAUGUCAAAACGUACCAGCACUCCAGGAAAAAUAAUGGAGACAGAAGAGAAGGAGGAUGUAUCACAAAAACGCACAGCUGGUGUAAAGGCUGAGACGGAGGAGGAUGUGACGUCUGGUCACACCUGCGGGGUGUGUGGUCGUAGCUUUCCUCUGCUCAGCUCUUUAUCCCAGCACAUGAGAAGACACACCCGGGAGAAGCCGUACAAGUGUCCGUAUUGUGAGCACAGGACGGCUCAGAAGGGCAGUCUGAAGGCCCACAUUCGAAGCCAUAAACUGGGCCUUUUCAGCCAUCACAUCAGUGACAAGGAGGGGGAUGGAGAUCCAGGGCAGAAAGAUAACGCUGUCAUCAGCACACCUAACAAAGGUCAUACUGUCAAUGGAAAGGUGAAGAAGAAAGGAACCAAGAAAAAAGUUAAGGGUAAAGAUGCAGUCACUGGUGUCGAGAUCAGUGGUGAUGGUGGGGCUGAUGCUGGGCCUUUUACCUGCAGCAUUUGUAGCCAGGUUUUCCCUCAGGUAUUACUCCUUAAAUCCCACAUGAAAAGGCACCGCAGCGCCCAGGAUCAUGGUUGCCGGAUUUGUGGACGCCGCUUCCGCCAAGCAUGGUUCCUUCAGAGUCACAUGCGCAUUCACCGGGUUAAAGCCCAGCUGCGGGGUGGCAAGCGCAAUGAGCCGCCUGCCACCAUCAAUGGGGUUCCUCAGGACCCAGCAUCACUGACAAAUGAGGAGUGCCUCUAUGAGCUUUGCGCUGGCUGUGGUAACUUCUUCUAUGACCGCAAGACCUUGCAAAUACAUGAAAAACUACAUAAACUGAACCACAGUCGCAGUCUGAUACAAAACCCACCACAAGAAGACCUCGAGGCCUCUGAGUUGCACACUGCCAAGAGCCAGUUUUUGGAAAGCCUGAACCUGACGUGUGCUGGACCUAAGGAAACCCCUGAGGAUAAGAGCCUGGGUAGGCGAAUUCCAGAGCUGGACCCUGUGUGUAGUUACCAGGCCUGGCAGUUAGCCACAAGGGGACGACUAGUGGAGGCAACAGAGAAAUGUUUGGGAUGGGAGGAGAGACUUGCAGAUGCUGAGGUGGCAUAUGACACAGAGAAGGGCGAGUAUGUACCCCUGAAGCAAGAGAAGAAGAGGAAGCAAAUUGACACCUCCAGCUCCAGCAUUAAGAAGAAGAAAGGUGAUAUCGGCUUUGAUCAAACAUCAAACAACCUGGCUCAUACUAAAGGUGGUGACAAGAAGAUUUCCCAGAAGGACCGUAUUCUGUUGAACGGACUUGGUCACGCGUUUUAUGAGGCGCUACAGAGUAAGAAGGUCAAAGAUGUUGGAUUCUCACCUAAACAGACCAACAGCAUCAGGAACCAAGACCAGGAGGAUAAAAAACCCUACUUCUGCGAGCACUGUGAUUUCCACACUGUCGACGCCUCACUACUCAGGUCUCACCUGCACAUGCAGCACCAGGACUUGCUGGGUCCUUACAGCAAACAGAGCACCAUUUUGGACAACAUUAGCCAAAGUGGCUCCAAAGCCUCAUUAUACAUGGACUACCUCAGAAACAGGAGCGUGUUGCUUAGUCAGCCAUAUUGGAAUCCCUACACGUGUCCGCCUGGACAGGGGUCAGCAGAGUCAAACAUUAAAACAGAAAAGUCAAAUGAUACUGAGGUCAAAGGGCAGGGACAUACACGUAGUGAUGCUGGCAGUCUUCUCAAUUUGUCUGCAUUAUCUGCAAGUAAAGGAGAUGGAACUGCAAAUGAUCCGGUUAAAACAGAAGGCCUUGUGAGACAUCAGUGCCCAUAUUGCUCCCACACUACCAACUACCCAGAGGUGCUGUGGAUCCAUCAGCGGGUCGCACACAGGGUGGAUAACAGCAGCUCCGUGGCACCCAAGUGGGCACCCUGCUUGAACAGCAUCAAGAGUGUAAAGGCAAGUGCUUCCCAGUGGAGACGCACAGGUCCCCCGCCAUUCCUCGAAGGCAAGGACUGUCCAGCUUUACCUGCGCCGAGAACUCAGCGCACACAGCCACCAGGUUUCACAACCCACAGCAGCAGCAGUAGCAAGCACUCCGCCCCUAAGAGCCAAUCAGGUGUCCCGAAGUCCAAGCAUCAGUCAAAGGACUCACGAUCUUCAGACGGGACACAUUCUAGUGGUAGAGCAGGACUUCUACCUCAAAAGAAGUCUGGUGAACAAAACCGGGCAGCCGAAGGGGGAAGUAAAGGCUCCAGCGCCAGAGCUACUUCGUCAAGCAGUGUCGUGCAUAGCAAGAGCGUCCCUGGUUUCCAGCCUACCAGCAGCCCCAAACACAGAGGCCACAGAGCUGCGGUGGAGGGAAACUUCCCACAAGAAGGCUUGGGUUUUAUGUUGGCUCGAAAUCAUGGCGGCACUUCAUCUAACGCAGCUGCAGAUAGACUCCAUCCCCGCAGGCAGUCAUGUGACUCCUCUUCAGGUCCUAAGGGUCCUGAUCUUUGGGCCGCCAUGAACAUGUGGGGGCACAAAGCGUAUUUAGAACCACUCCUUUUUGCUCAGGGAAAGAGUGAGUCAACCGGAGAAAUGCCAAUGGACAUUGAUAUUUUGAGUCUCCUGAAAAACUACAGUCCCCAUGAUCUGGCUGCUCUCUACCAACACUGGGGGUUUGUUGACCCCAGACUUGAUCCACAAGCAAUGUUGCAGUUAAAUGGAAAUUUUGGAAAUGAAGUCCAUUCCUCCUCUGAAGCUUCCAAACAGGUGAACAGCCGCUCCACUUCAUCCUCAGGGUCUCUACAUAAAGGAACGUGAAGAGUCAUCGUGCUCCGUUUGGCUUCCAGCUCGCACGACACUAACUGCUGAACAAAGAGGCCUGCUGUUCUUGAAAGGAACCAGCCAUAACUCCUAAAGGACAGAGGCACUUGAUUAUGCACAAUAUAUGCAAAGCAAUGAGGUGGACUCUAAUUAUUUUGUCAUAUGGUUGUUUCAUUUGAAGUGUUAUGCAUGCUUUUUGUUUGUUAAGAGUGUAGAUAUGUUAGUUACCAAAACACACAUGGAGAUAUGUUUUGGGGGAAAUGAGGCAUAGUUGUUCGCACUUAUUGUAAAAAUAAUAAGAGGACACUGUACGGGUGGAAAUAAAAUGUGAAGCUAAAGCCACAAGAAUAAAGAGAACAUAAUUUUGGUUUGAGACCGACAGAUACCUGCUGGUUUGGGGUGAAGAAUUUGCUCUAGAAGAAUGUGUCUAAAACGACACAUAAUACCAAAUCUUACAAACCAGGAUGCCACUAAAAACAUUCACAAGUAGUUCAAAGUGAUGUAAGCUGUUACCAGAACAUUUCACUUCAUCUUUAUUGAUCUCGAUAUAUUACGAGUGUAUAUCAGUAUUCUGUUUCAGUUCAGAGUGGAGUAGCAGAACAUAAACUGCAGGCAAAAUAGUCAUUUUUCAGUUUUAAGACCUUAUUCACAGAAUUUGUGUUAAGUCCUGAUCUGAGACAAGUUCUUUCUUCAAGACCAUGCUAACAGAUUGAGCCUGUCACUUCGUCACAGUUGCUUGGAUUUUGUUUAGGGAAAAACCAGUAGAUGAUCUCCUCUACUAACAAACCACAGAGUCAUCAUCCCACAGUAAGGCGCUAUGGGUUGCUUUAAUUAGAGCUAAAUCUCACCAGAAUCCAGGCUUUAGCACUAUUAGCUGAUCAUCCCACACACAUUUAGAAGAACAGGAUGCACUGCAUGUAUUAUUAUCUCUCUCACAGUGAAAGUUGUGGCCAAAAUGCUCUGCAGCUUUCAGCUUGAGCAACUGAAAAAAAAUCUCUCUCCUCAACAUCACUUAGAUUAUUCAACUUAUUAUUAAGUGCAUAUUUUGCAUUUGGCACACAAAUGAUUGCAAAUACCACAUACUGACAGAAAACGUGCAUCACACUCCAGGCAGUUUCUUCCUGCAAAUGCAUCCUACAUCAGUAAAUACUCAAAUAUACCCCCCCACACACACAUAUGUUUCAUGAAGUUGCUUAGAGCACAGGAUCAGCUGUAGUGAUUGCAUUUGUAGGGAAUUAUCACAACAUUGAAGGGCACCUUCAGUCUACCGGCCAUAUUCAUCUGUCUGCUACAAUCUGUACUGUCAGGGAUCAAAUUAAUUAACUGCUCUCUUCCAGUUUACAGCCCCAAAUGAUACCACUCAGUGUAAAUCAACAAUAACAAAGAUAGCA